CUCGUCGUGGUCACCGCAAUCGACCGACUGCCCCGCGUCCCCGCCUCCAAUUCAUGCACCUCUUCUUCAACCUCUGCGUCGGUGCAUAGCUUUCCAAUGCUUCCCUCUUUCCUGCAUUCGUAAGCCUUGCAUCUUCUCAAGUUCUUCCCAACAUUUUCCAGAGAAUCUUCCUCGUAUCUUUUUUCUCCAAGCGAAUAUGGUGUGGCAGGCUUAGGGGUUGAGUACUUUAGUUUUUGGAUCAAAUUGAUGGCUUCGAGGGUCUCGGCGAUGCAUUUGAGGAGUUGGACCUUUGUGCGGAGAGAACACUGUCGAUGUGGUUGUUUCCGAGCUCAGGCCGUCGGAGCAAAGUGUGGAUCCAUCUUCCGACAAUCUUGCUGAAUUUACACAAUUGUAUGGUAUAAGUUUCUGUCGCAGGCCAUUUCUGUGUGAGUUCUGAUGGACUUUAUUGAGUGAUCUGGAACCGCGUUGAAGCUUUUCUUGAAUAUGGGCUUGAGAAGUUUUUUCGUAGCACGGUUUUUAAGAGGAAGCUAGUGUUGAAAAUAGGAGCCCGAAGAAUUGUAGGUAGAGUGCAACAGUAUUUCGAAAUUUCUAGUGGUACGCCCGUGUCUUGCAUUUGUAAUCGUUGACUUCGUGACGGAGCUCCUAUUGCUCGUCUUUUAUCUCGGGGAGUUUUGAGAAGCGCACGUUGAGGACUAUCACUUUCUCUUCAAUGGAGAUGGGUCUUUAUGCAGAAGGCGUGGAUCAUGAGAGGAGAUUCUUGAGCUCCGAUUUGCUUGGCGAGAUUCUCAGCCGAGUGGAUGCAUUAACUCUCGCCAAAGCAAGCUGUGCGAGCUCUGAAUUCCGCCGACUUUGUGCAAGCGAAGCAUUUUGGGAAAGACUUUGCAAUCUGCGUUGGCCUUCCACAAAACAGGCUGCUGCUAAGGACUUAAUCUUGCAGACUGGGGGUUACAGAAAAUUCUGCGAAAACUGUCAUCCUUGUCUCUCGGGCACAGGAACAGCAACAGUAGAGCACUGUGAUUAUGUUGAAGGUGAAGAAGUAUGUCCUUCAGAUUUUAGCUCGAUUAUAGAUGUCAUGUACAAUGGCCAGGUUUUGGUCUCAAGAACUAUUGCUGGUUUUUUUGGAGCCGAGAAAUCCAGAGACUGGUUCGAUAAUAGUCCUUUCAUGUUUGAUCUUCUGGAGGGUACUGACGAGGUUAAUGGCUUUCACAAAGACGACGAGGGCAUCACCGCCGUGGCGAUUCAGACGGAGCUGUCUUCAGUUUCAUCAGCGGAGGGUUUGUGGAAAGCUUUGAACGAGAACAUGACAGUCAGUUGGAUUUUGGUCAACAAAAAGACUGGGCGGAUGGUCAAUCUAGCAAGCUGGAAACCUGUAGAUGGACUCAGGCACUGGCCUUGCGAUGGCGACUUUGUGCUUCAAUUCGGGACUGUUAUCCCCUCAACCGAGCGUCUCCGCAAUCACGCCGUACACUGUAAUGUUGCGGCGAAAGUCAGACACUUCAAUGUGGGGACCGCAGACGGAGGUUGCAAACCCGUGAUAGGUGUAACAGAGGUUGGCAUGAAGCUGGAGAAUAUCGGAGGAGCUCGGUUGAAUGGGCGGGAGAGCGUAGCUUUACUCGACAAAGUGUUGAGUUGCAACAGGACCGUCUCCUUCUCCACUGUAUUGCACUCCCACCGGGAAUUUCACCGCAACAGAGUGGCUUGGAAAACGGAAAGGAUUCGGCAAGAGAAUCAGCGUGAACUGACCGUAGCACUCAUCAGUGGGGUCGGCGCAUUCCUCUGUCUCUGCUACUGUCUUUCAUAACUCAGCUCUCACUACCAAAAAUUCGAACCACAUCCAACCAACUUGUACAUUGAAUCAUUACUUGCCUUAUAGAAUUCGAAGCUGCUUUUGGCAGGAACAGCGCACCUAAGCAAUAGGACAACAACCAACUUCAUGUAACAUUAUAGUAUCGUCUAUAGUAAGAUAAAAACAGCAAUUCAUACACCUGCGGAGAAUUGUGAUAAUUUGUUCUGCACUUCCUAAUCGCUCCCUUCAUCA